AUGCCUUGGUACAAGAACCAUCCAAUAUGGACUCAUUUCGCUGAUUACUUCCCACUACGAAUCGUUAAAACUGCCGAUUUGCCACCAGAUCGCAACUACAUUAUCGGCUGUCAUCCUCAUGGAGUCUUUUCGAUAGGAGCGUUCACUGCAUUGGUGACGUCGGGCUCCGGAUUUCCAGACAUGUUCCCAGGAUUGCAAUCUACGCUCCUCACACUUAACGGACAAUUUUGGUUCCCUUUUCGCAGAGACGUGGGCAUAGCACUAGGUGGCUGUGAAUGUUCACGGCAAUCACUCGAAUACCUUUUGGAGAAUCCUGGAAAAGGUAGAGCUAUUGGUAUAGUGCUAGGUGGCGCCACGGAAGCAUUGGAUACCCAUCCUGGCAGGCACGAUUUGAACCUCUCUUCUCGACGAGGAUUCUGCCGUUACGCUCUGAAAUACGGUGCUGAUCUUGUGCCAAUGUACAGCUUUGGGGAGAACGAAGUCUACGAUCAACAUGAAAGUCCUCGAGGCUCAUCUAUGAGGGAAAUUCAGCUGUUGAUCAAAAACAAAUUUGGAUUCUUUCCUCCAUUAAUGCGCGGACGAGGUAUCCUCAACCACAGCUUUGGAAUUCUUCCACACCGUCGACCCAUUACUACAGUUGUUGGAGCACCAAUAAGAACACAUCCCGUCGAGCAUCCAACUGAUCGUGAAAUAGACGCUUUACAUGCAAGGUAUUGCAAAAGUCUAAUUGAGCUUUUUGAGAACCAUAAAAGUCUUCACAACAUCCCAAAGCAUGUCCAUCUUCAGAUAUAUUGA